AGAGCCCGGGCCAUUUGGGUAGGUUGCACUGCGUUGUGGUUUCAUCUUGUGCUUCGGCCGCGGUCGUGGAGGUAGUUCGUAGACGGCGGAGGAGCAACGAGAUAACAACCACCACUUUAAAAGUUUAUUGAAAGAAAAUGGAGACAGAGCAGGAAGAGGUUGAAUUCACCAACACAGAGACUAACGGUAAACGUCCAGCUGAAGAUAUGGAGGAGGAACAAGCAUUCAAGAGAUCUAGAAACACUGAUAUGAUGGUUGAACUCCGUAUUUUGCUUCAGAGCAAAAAUGCUGGUGCAGUGAUCGGAAAAGGAGGAAAAAAUAUUAAGGCACUUCGGACAGACUACAAUGCCAGUGUUUCAGUCCCAGACAGCAGUGGCCCCGAGCGUAUUUUAAGCAUCAGUGCAGACAUCGAAACCAUUGGAGAAAUAUUAAAGAAAAUCAUUCCUACUUUAGAAGAGUACCAGCACUACAAAGGAAAUGAUUUCGAUUGUGAGUUGAGACUUUUGAUCCAUCAAAGCUUAGCUGGAGGUAUUAUUGGUGUGAAAGGUGCAAAAAUCAAAGAACUGAGAGAGAAUACACAGACUACAAUUAAGCUUUUCCAGGAGUGCUGUCCCCAUUCCACAGAUCGCGUUGUGCUUAUUGGUGGAAAGCCAGACAGAGUGGUUGAAUGCAUAAAAGUUAUUCUUGAUCUAAUAUCUGAGUCUCCCAUCAAGGGACGAGCACAGCCUUACGAUCCCAACUUCUAUGAUGAAACAUAUGAAUAUGGUGGUUUCACAAUGAUGUUCGAUGACCGCCGUGGACGACCGAUGGGUUUUCCUAUGCAUGCCAGGGGUGGCUUUGAUCGAAUGCCUCCAGGCCCUGCUGGUCGCCCAAUGCCACAGUCAAGAAGAGACUAUGAUGAUAUGAGCCCAAGGCGAGGACCGCUUCCACCUCCUCCAGGUCGUGGAGGCAGAGGUGGCAGUAGAGCCCGCAAUCUUCCACUUCCACCGCCUCCACCACCUAGAGGAGGGGACCGAAGAGGGAGACCUGAUCACUAUGAUGGGAUGGGUGGCUCUGGAUAUGGUCGGGGGUCAUAUGGAGAUCUUGGUGGACCAGUCAUAACAACACAAGUAACCAUUCCUAAAGAUUUGGCAGGUUCAAUUAUCGGAAAAGGUGGUCAGAGGAUUAAACAAAUCCGUCAUGAAUCUGGCGCGUCUAUCAAAAUUGAUGAACCUUUAGAGGGGUCUGAUGAUCGCAUCAUUACCAUCAUAGGCACCCAAGAUCAGAUCCAAAAUGCACAAUACUUGCUUCAGAACAGUGUGAAGCAGUAUUCUGAAGAUUAUGCUUAUGGGUUUUGACUUCUAAACAUUUGAGAGGCACAUGCUCAAGGUUUCUAAUGCAUAAGUGGAUUCCAAAAUAUUUUGUUUAGAUCAGCUACAACGAAAAAAGCCUGGAAUGCUUUUCUUCCCCUUUCGUUGCUCUUGGAAUACAACUCAAGAUCUGGAUGUUUUGGAUGCAUUUGUUAAUAGUAACCAGCAGCGCCAAGAAUCCAGAAACCAAGCCGAAUUUCCCACCUCCAAGAAUAUUGUACAGAAUUAAGAGCUGAAAAAAAUUGUUAAGAAUUUUUGUUUUCUGCUAAAUUCAGUUAUAUGACAUAAAUUAAUCUCCACUUUAGCUUUCUUGUGAAUUUUCAGUUAACUUUUUUUGUGUGAAACCUUUGGGGCAACAAAUGAAGUUAAACUUUUUUUGUUUUUGGUUUUUUUAUUCUAAAUGUUCUAAAGUUUUGGGCUUCUUUUUCUGAAAUGUCUAAAGUUUGGGGGUUUGUGUUCACUGUAACAAUGUGCAGAUUUGUACACAUUGAUGUUUUUAUCACUUUUACAUUGAUCUGUUGUAACUGAAUUUAGUCACAUGUGUAGUGUAUUGAGAAUUGACCAGCUGUGCUCUCAGUUUUUAUCAAUAUAAUUAAACGUUAAAGGAUUUUUUUUUUAA